CUGAGGCAGCAAUCUCUUUUUCCUUCCUAGCUUCUUUCUCUUUUGUUGGCAAUCUCAUAUCCAAAGACAAACAUUCCUCUUCUCCAACUUUUGUUCAUCUUCACAUCCAACUCAUCCAAGCUUUAUCAUAUUCCUCUUUGUUUUCAUUCAUCCGGCCCCAAAGUAGUAAUGGAAUCAAGCUCUACGACUUCUUCACGUGAUUCUAAAUCCUACUGGACUCCAAAGCAAAACAAGCUAUUUGAAAAGGCACUUGCUGUAUAUGACAAGGACACUCCAGACCGCUGGCACAAAGUGGCCGCUGCUGUGGGAGGCAAAUCAGCCGAGGAAGUAAGACAGCACUAUGAGAUCCUCGUGACGGAUCUCAUGCAUAUUGAAUCUGGUCAAAUCCCUAUACCCAAUUACAAAAGCACUGGGAGUAACAGAAGAUGAAUUGCUGGUGAGCAAAGGUUUUCUGAAGAACCUGAAGCUCCAAUGAAGAACAAGUUUCGGCUGCAUUGCCAGAGGAUC